UUUCGCAGAGCCUCAUCAUUCAUCAUUUUGUUGUCUUCCGCACAUGGAGCUCCGAAACCAGAAAUUGUUCUUAACAAAUCCCAACUAAUUUUCUGAAGCUUCGUUUUUCACUGAAUCACUUCAAUACCUACCGAAGAUUCAUCCCCCUUCACCAGUAUUUGUGUUAAAAAAAAAAACUUUUUAAGAAAAUCCAUUUUUUUCGUGUAAAUUUUGCUACAAGAUCAUCGAUCUUCCAUUUUUCUUCAAUUUGACGGGUUUUUGGAAUCUGGGUUCGAAGAAAGUUGUUUUUUUGGGUUCUGGGUAUUUGAGUUCUUGGUAAAAGGAAAAAAGAUGAGUAACCAGAGGAAGAAGAAUUUUCAGAUAGAGGCGUUCAAGCACCGGGUCGUCAUGGAUCCGAAAUACGGCGACAAGACCUGGAACAUUCUGGAACAUGCAAUUCAUGAGAUAUACAACCACAACGCUAGUGGUCUCAGUUUCGAAGAGCUUUACAGAAAUGCAUACAAUAUGGUUCUUCACAAAUUUGGUGAGAAGCUGUACUCAGGGCUGGUUGCCACCAUGACUGCACAUCUCAAAGAGAUAGCUGGAUCUAUUGAAGCCACUCAAGGAGAUUCCUUUCUGGAAGAAAUGAACAGGAAAUGGAAUGAUCAUAAUAAGGCAUUACAAAUGAUUAGAGAUAUUCUGAUGUACAUGGAUAGGACUUACAUCCCAAAUGCCCAGAAGACCCCUGUUCAUGAACUUGGCCUGAACCUGUGGAGAGAAAAUGUUAUUUAUUCAAACCAGAUAAGGACUCGACUGUUGAAUACGCUUUUGGAAUUAGUACGCAGCGAACGCGCUGGUGAAGUUAUUAAUAGAGGACUUAUUAGAAAUAUUACAAAGAUGCUAAUGGAUUUAGGUCCUUCUGUUUAUGGGCAAGAAUUCGAGACUCAUUUUCUUCAAGUUUCAGCUGAGUUCUACAGGAUGGAAUCCCAGAAGUUUAUUGAGUGUUGUGAUUGUGGGGAUUAUCUCAAGAAAGCUGAGAGACGACUGAAUGAGGAAAUGGAUAGAGUGAGCCAUUACUUGGAUCCCAAGACUGAAAAGAAGAUUACUAAUGUGGUGGAGAAGGAAAUGUUUGAAAACCACAUGCUUAGAUUAAUCCAUAUGGAGAAUUCUGGGUUAGUAAACAUGCUUUGUGAUGAUAAAUAUGAAGAUUUGGGUAGGAUGUAUAACUUGUUCCGCCGUGUUAAUGAUGGUCUCUCAAGAAUACGUGAAGUGAUGACUUCACACAUCAGAGAGUCGGGUAAACAGCUUGUUACUGAUCCAGAAAGGUUGAAGGAUCCUGUUGAGUUUGUACAGAGGCUAUUAGAUGAGAAAGAUAAAUAUGACAAGAUUAUAAAUCUGGCAUUCAACAAUGACAAAUUGUUCCAGAAUGCUUUGAAUUCCUCAUUUGAAUACUUCAUUAACUUGAAUCCACGUUCUCCAGAGUUCAUUUCACUAUUUGUAGAUGAUAAGCUUCGAAAAGGUCUGAAGGGAGUUAGUGAGGAUGAUGUAGAGAUUACUCUUGACAAGGUGAUGAUGCUAUUCCGGUACUUGCAAGAAAAAGAUGUGUUUGAGAAGUAUUACAAACAGCAUCUGGCAAAGCGGCUUUUGUCUGGAAAAACUGUUUCUGAUGAUGCAGAGAGAAGUCUCAUAGUUAAGCUCAAGACAGAAUGCGGUUACCAAUUUACCUCUAAAUUAGAGGGCAUGUUUACAGACAUGAAAACCUCUCUAGACACAAUGCAGGGCUUUUAUGCCAGCCACCCUGAGUUAGGGGAUGGUCCUACACUUACUGUGCAGGUUCUGACAACAGGAUCUUGGCCAACUCAAUCUAGUGUUACUUGCCACCUUCCGGCUGAAAUGUCUGCACUUUGUGAGAAGUUUCGAUCAUAUUACCUUGGCACCCAUACUGGCAGGAGAUUGUCCUGGCAAACUAAUAUGGGCACAGCAGACUUAAAAGCUACCUUCGGGAAAGGUCAGAAACAUGAGUUAAAUGUCUCCACUUACCAAAUGUGUGUCCUUAUGCUGUUUAAUAAUGCUGAUAGGCUAAGCUACAAGGAGAUUGAGCAAGCAACUGAGAUUCCGGCUUCAGAUCUGAAAAGGUGCCUGCAAUCAUUGGCUUUAGUCAAGGGAAGAAAUGUCCUUAGGAAAGAGCCUAUGAGCAAAGAUGUUGGUGAAGAUGAUACAUUCUUUGUUAAUGACAAGUUCAGUAGCAAACUAUACAAGGUAAAAAUAGGAACUGUAGUUGCACAAAAGGAAUCAGAACCUGAGAAACAGGAAACUCGACAGAGAGUGGAGGAGGACAGGAAGCCCCAGAUUGAGGCAGCGAUAGUGAGGAUCAUGAAAUCAAGGAAGCAACUUGAUCAUAACAAUCUUAUAGCCGAGGUCACAAAGCAGUUGCAGUCGCGAUUCCUCGCAAAUCCAACGGAGGUAAAGAAACGGAUUGAGUCUCUCAUUGAGCGUGAAUUUUUGGAGAGAGACGAUAGUGACAGAAAAUUGUAUCGAUAUCUUGCCUAGAAUUUGUAAGCUUGUUUGUUUCAUAUAAGUUAACAGUGAUACAAAUAUUGUGUCUUGUGAACAAGGUGCACAAUGACCUUGUAACAGAUCCAUUGAUUCU